CCAUUGAAUGAGUGAAACAAAAAAAAAUUGACUACGGUGGUGUCUGAGGGUGGUGUAUAAAUGUAUGGUGUAUGUUUAGUGUAUUUUCCAAAUAAUAAAAGGGGGUUUAUCCAUUAAUUGCAGCAAAAACAACCAUGGCAGACAAACUGACCCUCGAUAGACAGGAUAUGAAGAAUCGGGCUACUGCCUAUCUUAGGAUAUAUGUUGGUGGUCUUACGGAGAAAGCUACUGUAGAUGAUCUUUACGAUCAUUUCAUACAGUUCGGACAGAUCAACGGCAUCAUUAUUAAUCGUAACUUCGGUUUCGUGCAGUUUGAAACUGAAAAGAGUGCUCAGGAAGCCAUAGCAAAGGCAGAUGGCAGUAUCCUGCAAGGAAAAAGCCUGAGUGUCCGCACUGCUCAGAAUAACAUCGAUAAACAGCGUCGUGAGGCGGACCUUGCUGUGGUACAUUCAGAACCACCAGCAGCACAACAUAAUGACACCCCUGCAGCCAAGGAUGAUGGAGAGGAGCUCUACGACAGCUAUGGCAACUACGUCGGAGACCAGGGUUAUAGAGAAGAAGAGGAAGACAGUUACGGUCGCCCAGACAGGGGCGGCGACGUGAGGGGCCGUGGGCGGGGCGCGCGCGGUCUGCCGCGGGGGCGCGGGGGGCGCGGCCGCGGCGCCCCGGUGGCCUCCUUCAGGGACCGCUCGCCUGUCGCCGGCAGAGGUGCAGAGUGGGAGGGUCGCGGCGGCUACGACCGCUACCAACAGCCUGACUACCCGCGCGCGCUGCCCGUACCCGAACGCAACGAUUGCGAGAUCAUUGUCGUUUCCAAAGCUCUUACAGAGUAUGCAGAAUACAUCGAGGGGCGGUUGAAGCGUCUAGGCAUCGUAGUGGAUCUAUUAUUCCCCAUGGAAGACGUGCCCAUUGGCAAGGUGCUCGGGAACAUCGCGUCGCGGGGGUGUCUCUAUGCCAUUCUAGUCAUGCCUCAGAACCAGGAACAUAGAUCUCUGACCCUCACCAUCUUACACGGACUACCACAAGAGCACCGCAACAUGCCUAUAGAAGAUGCGUUGCAGCUUCUGUCUCGGAAUUUCCAAGAGGUGCAGCGUGGCGGGCCGUCGGGGCGCGAGGCUGUGUACGCGCUGCUGGGACAGCUAGCCGACGGACGCACCUUGACCGUGCUGCAGUAUGACAAGGUGUUGGAGUACUUGCAGGAGCGGCGGGAACAGCAAGUGAAGAUAGAGCUCGGGGAGCCUUUGACCACGGCUCCGACCACCAAGAAAGAGGUGGACCUUCAGCAGAGGAUCCUCAGCAUCCUGAAUGAUAAGAAAGUGACAGCGCCGGAACCAGCGCCCGUGGCGCAGCCGCCCGCGCCCGCACAAAACAAACUGCUAAACGACCCCACAGUUCGGAAAGCUUUAGAUUCAAUAUUACAAAAACUCGUGUAACUAACUCCUUUUUAUUGUAAGCGAAUUAAUGUAACAAAGAAGACAGUAGGUUAUCUUCGUGCUUCCCUACGGGAUAGCGUAUCGACCCGUUAAAAAUAGUUUACUAUAAUAAAGUGCAUGACACUUUAAAAGUGACUAUACAGACUUUCCUCUAUAAUCUCUUGCGAAGGAACUUGACUUUAUUACUGGGCUAUACCUACACCUCUUCGAUAUUUAUGUAGUUUAUAUUAUGAAGAUAAUCUACACUUCUUUAUAACUAUUUUAUGCCGAAAUAUUGAAUUUUAAGUACGUUAUGUACUACCUCAUGCAUUGUGAACAUUUCGUAUAUCGUACGAAGCAACAUUAAACGAUGCGUAGACAAGUGAAAAAGGACUAUCUAUAAACUGAUUGAUAUAAAGUGAGUGAUUGUGAUGAUGUGAUUAGUGUGAAAUAUGCUACACACUUAUUCAAUUCAGCAUAUACAUAAAGAGCAACUAUUGUUAUGUCAUGGUUAGUUAUAUGGUUUUUAAACAAGUCUGUAUUAAAAUAGAAAUAAGGUGUCUUGAGCAGAGUUAACCCAUAUUUUGUAGGAUCUUGUAGCAUUCCGUAUUUUUUUGUAAGAGUUAACCCAUCAAUGUAUAAACUGCCUAUAUAGUAACGCCACCGGAGAAACCAGCGCUUUUUAUAUUCAAAGAAAAGGAAAUUAACUUUCCAUAUCACAAUUAUCAGACUAUGUAGAAUAACUGUUUAAUCUGAAUCAAACCAGUGUGUAGCAUAUCUGAGUGCUGGUAGUCGAUAUUUAAAUACUAUUAAAUUAGCAAGACUUGUUCAAAUUGUUCCAGCUCUAUAUUAUAUUGUAAGUACAAUGCUAAGGUUGACAUAGAAUUAAAUAGUUUCCCUCUAA